UAAACCCAGAACUAUUUUUCCCGCGAGAUUAACAACUCUCACUCUGUCUCUCUCACUGUAACACCCACAAACAAUAUUCCAGAAGUUUCUUCUUCUCAAAACUGUUACGCUGAAACCCAAACCAAAGAAAUCACUCUGCAAUCUACUAACCCCAGUACUAAAUUCAUCAAAAUAAUCCCAAAUCAAAACCCUAAAAUCAAGUUCAAAAUUCAAAUGGAUUUCUGGAAAAUGCAGGAUACCCAGAUUGUGGAUAUGAAGGGAUUCGACGAUAAUGGCGUCGAUGAAGUAACAGGGGAAAAACAGAGGAUUCCAUUCUUUGGGUCAAUGUCGAAGAACAAGGAGACUACUUGGGUCAUCUCAUUGUUCGUUUUUGUUCAUCUUGUCGUGUUUUUUUGUACGAUGAUUGUCAAUAAUUGCUUGAGUAACUCGCAUGGAGAUUGUGCUUUGAUGUUCUUUCAGCCUCUUCAUGAGAACCCUCUUCUUGGUCCUUCUUCUUCUGCGUUGGAUAGGAUGGGAGCGCUUCGUAGAAUACAUUUGACAAACAUCCAUGGAGUAUGGCGCCUCUUCACCUCCCCUUUGCUUCAUGCUGGUGUAUUUCACCUAUUCAUCAGCCUCUCGAGUGCUAUCUACAUAGGGAUUAAUCUGGAACAGAAAUAUGGACCAUCGAGGACUGGGAUCAUCUUCAUAUUGUCGGUCAUCACUGGUAGUUUGAUGGCCACACUCUUUGUCCAAAAUAGACCUGAUGUUUCCUCUUCAGCUGCUCUAUUUGGCUUGAUCGGUGCUUCCUUUUCUGGGCUUAUUCGAGACUGGAAAUCUUUCAGCAAUAAGUUUCAGGCUGUGAUGGCACUGCUCUUGGUCUUUGCAGUGAACUUCGCUCUUGGGAUGCUACCCUUUAUCGAUAACUUCUCAAACAUUGCAGGAUUUAUGGCAGGAUCCCUUCUUGGGUAUGUCCUGUUUUUCUCUCCGCAACUUAGGAAGCCAGCUUUACAUAAAGGUUUAUUUGAUUAUGGUGUGAAGAAGUCUGUGGCAUUGAAGGAUAAGUUGGGCAGACCAACGUUAAGGAUUGUCUGUCUUCUCCUGUUUCUCCUCAUGGUAGCUGGCCUCAUUGUAGCAGCUCUCAGCAGCAUUGAUAUAAAUAAAUACUGCAGUUGGUGCCACUUCGUUGAUUGUGUGCCUUCAAAAAUGUGGAUUUGUGAUAGCAAAUCUUCAUUCUGUAAGACUACUGAACUCAGGGGGCAGAUGGUUAUAAGGUGCUUGCAAAGUGACAAACUCAAGAUCUUGCCUUACACAGGCAUCUCAGCUACAAGAUUGGAGGAAUUAUGCAGUAUGAUUUGCUCUUAGUACAGACUUGGAGAUUGCUUAUGCUGAUCCAAUAUAUUCUGCAGUUUUGAUUGCACAUCAAGUGUGAUAGGCUAUUGUACCUCAAUAUUAGAAAACAAAACUACAAGCUAAGUAGUGUAUCAAUGUAUGUUCAUAUCCUGUAAAUCAGUCCAAUGCUUUUUCUUUGCAUAGAAGCAGCAACAAGUGAUGUAGUGAAAUCAGAUUUUUGAGGAAAAUGUAUCGAAAUUUUGCUGUAUAGAAUUGUAUAUUCUCAAGAAUAUUGUUACAAGUUGAAGAAGCUAAGGCAAAUUCAAACUCUAAUGAUGCCUGCUGACAGAUACUAUGGUAGCUUAGUUAACUACUGAUACUACAAUACAUUAUCUUUCAAUUAAAAAAAAAAAAAUUACUACAAUACAUUAUGCUUUCUUGCAGAAAAAACCUUCAUCUUUUCUUUUCCAGAGUUCAAGUACGUGACAAGCUUAUUAAUAAAUUGCUAAUCUAUAUUAUCAACUAAUAAUCGCCCCGGCUAGUAUGCCGUUUCAACAAUUCUUGUUCGAUCUUUGUUUCGCUUGCCCUAGAUCGCGAUCAUCUAGUAUGCCGUUUCAACAAUUCUUGUUCGAUCUUUGUUUCGCUUGCCCUAGAUCGCGAUCAUCUUGACGUACCAUUAACAACCAACUAUUUUUUGGGACGUACUCUUCAUCCCUCUAAAAUCUUUAAGCUUCCCUUUUUGCUUUCUUUGAAUAGGUUGUGUAGGAAGAUCAUUCAAACCAAUCAAACAUGUUUUCUUUCUUACAUUUUGGCAUUUCAUGUACCCUUCUUGCAACUUCCGCUUUGUAUUCUCCAAUUUCUUGCAAUAUGAC